AUGGAGGAGCAAGGCCAGAGAGAGAUCCAGCUCCAGCUGCUGCUGCUCCCCGCGCCGGCAGGCCGCCGAGCCCUGUCCGACGACGUGCCAGCGGCGCCACCCAGCGCCACGGACCACCCGCAGCUGGACCUCGACCUGUCCAUGAGCAUCGGGCCGCCGAGGCCGCACCCGUCGGCGGCGCCCCCAACGCCGCCAGCGCCGCCGCCGCCGCGGGGGUCGCCACUUGCGAACGAGAACAGGAGAGCAGCGCCGGGGGUGAUGAUGAUGGCGGCCGCGGCGGCCGCCGGCGCGAGGCAGCAGCACAAGCACCAGCAGCAGGCGGCGGCGGUGAAGCAGCAGGCGGCGGAGCAGGCCCAGAUGGCUUGCGCGGAGCGCGCCUACGCGGAGCGCGUCCGGGAGCUGGCUCGGCGGGAGCUGGAGCUCGCGGAGCGGGAGUUCGCGCGCGCCAGGGCGAUCUGGGAGCGCGCCCGCGAGGAGGUGGAGCGGGUGGAGCGCAUGAAGCAGAUCGCGGCGAGGCGGAUCGUCGGCUCGGCGGCGUCGCCCGCGGCGGCGCUGGAGAUCACCUGCCACGCCUGCAUGCAGCGCUUCCACCCCUAG